CUAGAGCCGCCUACAGGCACCUAGAGGAAUCAGGGGGCGUGGCCUUCAGAACGGCACCUCCCCUCUCCAGCGCUUCCGGGUGCGCUGGCGUUCCGCUGCUAGCUCGGCCUGGCCGUGUCGGGUCAGUGCUUCCCACCUGACUCCCCGGCAGGAAUAGAAGAUGAACAAACCCUUAACACCAUCAACAUAUGUGCGCUGCCUCAAUGCUGGCCUAAUUAGAAAGUUGUCAGAUUUUAUUGAUCCUCAAGAAGGAUGGAAGAAAUUAGCUAUAGCUAUUAAAAAACCAUCUGGUGAUGAUAGAUACAAUCAGUUUCACAUAAGGAGAUUUGAAGCAUUACUUCAAACUGGAAAAAGUCCCACUUGUGAAUUACUGUUUGACUGGGGUACCACAAAUUGCACAGUUGGUGAUCUUGUGGAUCUUUUGAUCCAAAAUGAGUUUUUUGCUCCUGCAAGUCUUUUGCUUCCAGAUGCUGUUCCCAAAACUGUUCAUGCUGUACCUUGUACAGAAUCUACAACAGUUCAGCAGAAACAGAUGCCUUUCUAUGGAAAAGACAGGACAUCUGUGAUACCUGUGCAGAAUCUUGAACAAAACCAUGUGCUACCUGACUCUUCAAGUCCAGAAAAUAAAAGUUUAGAAUUUAGUGAUACACGUUUUCAUAGUUUUUCAUUUUAUGAAUUGAAGAAUGUCACAAAUAAUUUUGAUGAACGGCCCAUUUCUGUUGGUGGCAAUAAAAUGGGAGAGGGAGGAUUUGGAGUUGUAUACAAAGGCUAUGUGAACAACACAGCAGUGGCAGUGAAGAAGCUGGCAGCUAUGGUAGACAUUAGUACUGAAGAAUUGAAAAAACAAUUUGAUCAAGAAAUAAAAGUAAUGGCAAAGUGUCAACAUGAAAAUUUGGUAGAACUACUUGGUUUCUCAAGUGAUGGCGAUGAUCUCUGCUUAGUAUACGUUUACAUGCCCAACGGUUCAUUGCUAGACAGACUGUGUUGCUUGGAUGGUACUCCACCACUUUCUUGGCACACAAGAUGCAGGAUUACUCAGGGUGCAGCUAAUGGAAUCAGUUUUCUACAUGAAAACCAUCAUAUUCAUAGAGAUAUUAAAAGUGCAAAUAUCUUACUAGAUGAAGACUUUACUGCCAAAAUAUCAGAUUUUGGACUUGCGCGGGCCUCUGAGAAGUUUGCCCAGACAGUCAUGACUAGCAGAAUUGUGGGCACAACAGCUUAUAUGGCACCUGAAGCUUUACGAGGAGAAAUAACACCCAAAUCUGAUGUCUACAGCUUUGGUGUGGUUUUACUAGAAAUAAUCACUGGACUUCCAGCUGUGGAUGAACACCGUGAACCUCAGUUAUUACUAGAUAUUAAAGAAGAAAUUGAAGAUGAAGAAAAGACAAUUGAAGAUUAUAUUGAUGUAAAGAUGAAUGAUGUUGAUUCCACUUCAGUUGAAGCUAUGUACUCUAUUGCUAGUCAAUGUCUUCAUGAAAAGAAAAAUAAGAGACCAGACAUUAAGAAGGUCCAACAGUUGCUGCAAGAGAUG